UUUUUCCAGCAAUAUUGAUGGAGACUUUGCAAUAUUAUUGCUUUUAGCCAUGGAUUGAGACAAUUGAGAGACCUUGAUUUUCAACGAGACUUCCAGUUAACAAUUCGAGAAUAAAAGCUCUCUUCAAGUUCUUCACAAAAUGCAUCCUAAAACUAUGACAGUGCUCGCGAUCGCACACGUGGUGUCAGCGUUCUUCGUGCAGGAAUACACCGGCGAAAAUGUUGGUGAAGAUUCGUCCGAAGAAAACAACUCGACCGAUUGUGAUUUCCUAACUGUUGCACCUGAAGAUCUUCCUGCAAAGGGCAUAGACAUGGAUACGAUCACGAUUAUUUGGUACCUUUCGACAUUUGUGGCUCUCGUGGCAUUCUUCGUUGUGAUGGCAUGCUCAGACAACUACUGUGGUCGCCCAAGGAAGCCCGAAGAGCCCCCAACGACUGCCCCACCCACCCCAGCACCAUCAUACCGCGAAUUUGCACCACCAAGCUAUGAUUCGGUGAUGAAGCGCUACAAGAAUCGCGUCUUUAUCAUUCCUGUGAGUGACUCAAGUACCGAUCAGGCGACACAAGUUCAGGAAGUCGUUGUUCAUGCAUCUGAUGACACUGCCCCGGAAGUUGCUUCACAAGAUGCUACAAGGCAAGAAGUUGUUGCCACCGUGGAAACUUCCCAGACACAAGUUGAGAGAUUUUAGGAGUUCUCUCUGGAGCGAACCCUUAGGGCUUGCUGAGUGUGAAGAAAAAUAUGCCCCACCAGUACUUAAUUAAUCUUCUGUGGAUUUGUGAGGUGUUAGCUUGCGCAAAAGUCAGUGUUUUCGGUGGUAUUCUCAUUAUCAUGACUGCGACAUUUUUUUCGCGCUCUGAUAAAAGGUGCGAGUGUGCAAAAAAAGCGAAUGAGGAAAAACCCACAAAGUUUACUUACAAAGUGCUGUGAACUGUGACAUUGGGAAAUGAACUCGUAAAGUGUGAAAAAAGACGCAAAUUCUCAGUGAUUCUCACUUAGAAGAAAAACAUUCAUGAAAAGACUGAGUCUUCCCCCAUUUUUCCCUUGAAAAAAAGUCCCUCUAUGUGAUAGUGUGUAGACUAUAUACGCUGUGGCAGAGCAAUGAAGGGUGUAGGUCAGCGAGGUGUACCCGUACCUAUGGCACAGGUGCGCUACCUUUCGAUGUGCAUCUGGAAGAUAUGCAAAUUGUGCCAUUUCUGCCAAGUCUCCGUGUGUCCAAGAAGAAAAUGGACACAAUAGGACUCUUUAUACAAAUUAAUUUUUUUUACUAUUAUUUUUUGAGAUCUUAAGACAAAUGAUUGUAGGUAUUGCGAAAUAAAAUAUAUAUAAAAAAUUGA